AUGGCUUCCUUUGACGGCUGCCACUGCUUGGGCGACAGGAGACAGAACAGUAUCCUCUACAACAUUUUGAAAAACGACAACCAGACGGAGCACCGUGCGCACCGGCGUCCCGGGGUAGUCCCGCCGCAGCAGGCUUGCUUGUGCGGAUCAAAGAAGAAAGUGGCACUCCGAUGCCCUCAGAUUACGUGUAAAGCUGCUUCUGCGGUCCUGAUGAAAACGCUGAAGUUUGUAAAGAACGUGCUUUGUUUUCGCGAGCUGCCCGCCGAUGACCAGCUGCUACUCGUGCGGAGCAGCUGGGCGCCGCUGCUCGUGCUGGGCAUGGCACAGGACAGGGUCGACUUUGAGACAACCGAGUUGCCCGAACCCAGCAUGUUGCAAAGGAUUUUAACUGGCGGGCAGGAGAAAAAAGGCAACCCUUACGACCAGAACGAUCAGGGGGUGUCACAAGCCGACACCCAGGCCAUUAAAGCGUUUCUGAGCAAGUGCUGGGGACUGGAUAUCAGUACCAAGGAGUACGCGUAUUUGAAAGGAGCCGUCCUUUUCAACCCAGAUCUAGUGGGACUACUGUGUCUACACUACAUUCACGGACUGCAGAGCGAAGCGCACCAGGCACUUAAUGAAUAUGUCAAAAUGAUUCACCGGGAGGACCCUACAAGGUUCGCCAAACUAUUAAUCGCGCUGUCCAUGCUGCGAUCUAUCAACGCCAACGUCGUCGCCGAACUGUUCUUCAGACCCGUCAUCGGAACGGUCAACAUGGAGGAACUUUUGCUGGAGAUGUUUUACGGGAAAUAA